AUGGGCGCAAUAGGCAACCUCGUCCCCCUCGUCAUCCUCUUCGCCGUCGUCGCAGGCGCAGGAUGGGUAGGAUACCAGAUCUACCUCUACUCCAACGAGCUCGCCGAACGCGGCGUCCGCAAGAUGGAAAAGAAGAACGUCGUGUUCACGAAAGACGGCGCGAAGGUCGCGGUCAAGGAGGUCCGCGACGAGGACUACGCCGAUCGCACGCAGAAGGCGUUUGUCAAGACGUGGAAUACAGCACAGGGGGGUAGCGCGGCGUCGGGGCAGAGCUCGAGGAGCAGUAGCUAUACGGAGAAGAGGCCGAGUGCGAGUAGGAGCAGGACGAAAUAG